AGUUGAAAAGGAGAGCCAAAAACAAAGUUGUUUGGAGGCCUCUUCAUCAGCAGUUUAUGCUUCAAGAGGAGCAACAAGCUUAGCUCAAUUCAUUCAUUAGUCCGUCACAUAGAUCGGAGUUUGAUUAUUGAGGUUUGAAGACAGUGUGAGUAAACUGCGAAGUUUGCGUUACUUAGCAUUUUAGUAGAUGCUGUUUAUGAAAGUAUGCGUAAAAUACGAUACUAUAAGAAAGUGUAAAGUAGGAAGGGUAUUAAAACGUUACAGAUUUAAGACUUGCCAAUGUGUUUUUAUAGAUUAUCUGUUAUCAGUUUAAUCAUGGUGUCAUUAAUUAAUGACACAGUUUAUCGAUGAGAAGUAGUAAAACUAACGUGAUAAAUAUUACGACUGCGAAUCGAUAAUCAAAUGUUCAUCUGUGUGUUAGCUAGCCUCAUUGUUUUGACAUAUAAUCGUCCUUAUAGUGUUGGCGCUAACUGGUUUAUCAACCCUAAGUUUUCGAUGGAAGUUGUCCAAAGUUUUAAAUACUGUCGGACAUUUUGAGUCUGAUGAUUGGUGUAGAUAUUAGCUACGGGAACUAGAGCACAUAGAUCUGAAUCUGAAUCCUGAUAAUAAGAUCAUUUUUGACUUCUAUACUUCUGUAGUAGAUACAAAAUUUAUGCAGCGAACACAGAAUAUACGAAAACUUAGUGCUGAAGCAUUAAAUACGAUAGUCGGUAUUAUUGCAGUAGGUAAAAUAACGGAAAGUCACGAAUAUUUAAGUAAGUACGAGCGACAAUAAUGUUCUUCAAGAUUCUUAUUUGUACCACUCUAACAGGACAGCAACUCGGAAAAAGGCAUUGAUACGCUGUCUUCCACUGUGUAUAACAAAGAAUGAUCGGAAAGUUUUGCGACUAGAACUACUGAAAAGACUAGCCGAUUAUUCGCAAAAAUCUUAGUACGCAUAUUUCCAGAAACAGCAUAAUUAAAGGAGACGCUUAUAAAACUGUCGGUAAGCCUACAAUCAAUAAAAACUUCAUGCGAUCGAAGGACCAAUGAGUAAAAUCUUUAUUUUAUGAAAAUAUUAUCUACUUUUUCAUAACACGUAUUCACGCACAAUAUAUUGAUAAUAACGGACCUUUUGGUGAAUAGUCGAGUUUUUUACUCCAAUUAUCUGAGAAAAUUAUUUUUAAAAAUGUUUUUCUUGCAAUUAAACACCAUAUUCACUGUAGAUGUUUAAGUGGAUUUAAAUCAAUCAAUUAACAUCACAUCUGCGAUCCGACGAUUGGUAUUUUACUCAUUUCUAAUGGGAGUUCCUGGCUUAUGGCGUUUGUUAGAGCCGGCAAGAGAGCCCAUAGAAUUACAGCAGCUAUCUGGGAAAAUUAUAGCAAUAGAUAUGAACAUCUGGUUGCAUCAAGCUGUGAAAUCUCGGGGCGCAGCAGGUGGUCCUCGUAACUAUUUGGCUAUAUUUUUUCGUCGUUUAUGCAAAUUACUUUUCUUUGGAAUCAAACCAGUAUUUGUAUUCGAUGGUGAUACUCCAGCACUGAAACGAUCAACUAUGAAUUCAAGACGUCAGUUGCGUAGCCUAACCGAAGCAAAAGCAGAAAAAGCCCAAAAACAUCUUCUUCGUCGACUUUUACGUCGUGUUGCAGAAUCCUCUGUAAAAUCACUGUCAACGUCACCGGAUAAAGUAGAAUAUUUUGAGGAUACUGCGAAAAAUGAACUAUUAAGACGAUUGAGACAACAGUCAGACUCGCAUCAAGCUAAAGAAGAUGCUAAGAUGUUCUCAGCUCCAAAUCAUGACUCAACUUCUACAGCAUGUAGUAAUGAUAAUAAUCGUAUGCUGAGUGAAAAGGCCGGUCUAGAAUACGAUGAGCUGGCGCAUGAUUAUCUGGAUGCUUUCUAUUCAUCGGAUAAGAAGUUUUCUGGGGUUGAUCUCGACUCAGAUGCAUUCCGUGCACUUCCUUUACCAGCUCAAUUACGUGUUGUUCAGCUGUUGAGAGAAAUAUUAGACUCUAGUUCAUGCUGUAACAAUUUAGUACAAUUUGAUGAUGAAGCACAAUUUAGCCCAGAACAGUUCUCAGAUGUUCAAAUGAAACGUUUGCUUUUACGUCGUCGUUUAGCAGAACGUCAACAAGAGUUAUCUGAUAAUCUAACUAAACAAGAAGCUGUUCAACAAAUUCUUCAGUUAAACAAUUCUAUGAUGAAAAAUAUUCUAACGAAUCAAUCGUUAUUUUCAACUUUACCGUUUUCCAAUACGACACAGCCGACUACUGCUUCAGAGACUACUGAAACCAUAGCCACAGCUAUGCGUAUUCAGUCGCAAGAUGUAGGACAUGCUAUACUCAUUAAAAAAUCUCCAGUGAAUCAGUUGGACGAACGAACUAAAUUGCCUUCAUCUACAACAUUGAAUCUUGAAAAAUUAAUUACAUAUAAUACUGAGAACUUAAAUGUGUCUGAUGAAUGCAAAAAAGUGGAAAUUUCAAAAGAGGACCAGAACAAAGAAAUACAUAAUGACGGUUAUAUGAGUGAAAACCUAUGUUCAACACAAGAGACAAAUAUUUCUACAAAUGAAAAUAUUGUAUAUAACUCUGAAUGUACACCAAUAAAACUAGUUAAUAUCGAGGAAUAUUCAGAUGAACAUCAAGUGUCUAUCCUAUCACAUGUGACUGACAAUAAAAGCCAACUUAAUGAUAAUUGCGAAAAUUACAAUCAACCACUUACGAAAAAUUCUUUAAAUGCUAGUAUGUCCAAUGACUUUCUUCCAGAAAGUUCAUCUACUAUCCCUAAGUUUGAUAAGUCAUCGGAGUUUAUCGAAUUACCUAUUCCAGAACAUUCAUGUGACCUUAUGGGAGUCAAAAAUGAUGAAAUUAUUGCUGAAAUUAAUGUAUUGUCUUCUGAUAUACAUGAAUCAGAAUCUUUACAAGUACCUCAUCAGGAUAAAUAUGAUGAGAUCAAAAGUAGCAGUGAUGAUAACGAUGAUGAUGAUGAUUUUAUCGAAGUUGAAACUCACGAACAAGUUGAAAUUUCGAAUACAUCUACUGACUCGAAUUCAUCACAAGAAUAUUCUGUCGAUGAAAACAAUGUUCAAAAUGAGGAUAAAUUAAAUUCCGUCUUCACUGAAGAAGAAUUAACCAGUAAAAAAGUUUCCUAUGAAACUAAUCAACAGGAAGCUGUAUUAUCAUCUGAAUUAGUCGUGGAUGACUAUACCAUUGAUGAUGAUAGUGAUGAUGUAUUGAGAGAAAAAGCUGAUCGUUUGAUACGUCAAGCUCAGUCGACAACUACGCGUUGUAUUUCAGAAGCCCAGGAUCUACUUCAUUUGUUCGGAUUUCCAUUCGUAGUUAGUCCAGAAGAAGCCGAAGCUCAAUGUGUAGCUUUACAACGUCAUGGUCUAGUUGAUUUAGUUGCAAGUGAUGAUUCAGAUGUAUGGCCAUUCGGUGUUAAACUUGUCUGUCGUCAUUUGUUUGGUACUGGUGGUGGUGAUAAUCUAAAAAGAACAACAAAUCCUUCCAUUUACAAACUGGAUGAAGUAAAACGUAAAUUAGGCCUUACUAUAGAGAAUAUUCUCCGUUUGACGCUUCUCUGUGGUAGCGAUUAUACACAUGGAAUUGAUCAGGUUGGUCCAGUUACAGCUAUUGAAAUAUUGAGUGAAUUUGAUGAUGGUGAUGAUUAUUCAUUAAAUUGUGAAAUUAACAACUGGCUUCAUGGUGUUGUUAAUGAACCUUCCGAAAAAUUACUUCAUGAUAUCUUACAACCACUAGAACAAUUCACACAUUGGUGGCAAACUACUCGUUCACAAAAUUCCUCACAAUCAAUGAAAAUACUUCGAAUAGCUGAAUCGAAUCCAAUUAGACGUCGUUGGAUAAACUUGAAACCAUAUCCAGGGUUUCCAGAUAGCCGUAUUGCACGUGCUUACCUCUACCCAAAUGUCAAAACCGAUUUGCCGCCGUUUAAAUGGGAACCACCGAAUGUACCGCUUCUUGUCAAACAUGUGAAUACCUUAUUGGGAUGGAAUACUGAAAAAACAGAGGCUAUAUUGGCUUCUGUACUCAAACAUAGACAAAAAAUGGAACUUGGGGAUCCUAGAGAAAUGCUUUCGUCCAAAUCACUUAUAACAAAUUUUUUUCAGAUUGAGAACCAAAAGGUUUGCCAAAAAUCAGAAAUUGCUAGUCAUCCGUUGAUUCAUCAGAGUUGGAUGAAGUAACGGUACCGAGUAAGCGCGUUCGUCACGCAGCCAGUCGCUUGCGAAAUCAAAGAACAACAAAUCGAUUUUUUGAUGCUCCUAGCACUUCACAGCAUACACCACUAGUGAGAGAUGAAAAUAACGUGCUUUCUGAAUUACCUAAACUACGUCAGCCUCGACGAAGGCAAUCUGUGAAAAAACCUCCGAACCAAACGAAGACUUUACCCGAGAAAAAACGCAAGGAGAAAGCUCAGAUUAAACCCCAACGUCGUAUAGUAGAACGUGUAUGUUUAUCCGAAGAAGAUGAAGAUUAAAGCAUUGUGAAUGCUCCUCAACGUUGUACAGCCUAAACUUUCUUAAUUAAAAUUCUUUUGAAUCUCUUUUGUUUAUAUUUCAACUGGUUUUUUUUAAAUUAUUCACUUGUUUCAAAUACAUGAUUGACCUUAUUUUACAGAGAAAUGAAAAAUACAUAACAUUUUCUUAAACAACAAUCAAAUAACGUUUAUUUAAAUGCUAUGCAUAACUUUUGAUAAUAUUAGAUUUAAUAACAUUUUAAAAAUGAAAUGAUUAGUAGUUUGUGUUUACAAAGAGAUUUACAUUGUAAUCACAAAUGAUUGAGCAUCUGGGUAACAUACAUUCAUGGCGACACUGUACAUAAUCUUUAAAGCUGUAAGCAGCCUACUUGCUUCCAUUAUAUAUUACGUCAAUUUAUUCACAUAUAGUACAACUCUGCCUGUGUACAGUUCAACAUAAACAACUGUAAAAUAUGGUUCC